CUUAAAUUUCAUAAAUCAGAGAAAUUAUUAAUUGUACAGACACACAUAUGUAUAAUGACUAUUUCUUGUGGUGUACAAAAAACUCCUUGUAUUAUUAAGUGAAGUCUUAAAAUGUUUAAUAGCGACAGUGAGAGAGGUAAAGUGAUAUUAUUAGUGACAAUUAUUUUAUUUCUGUAUUAUACUAUAUGGGUGAUUGGUUUACCAUUUAUUGAUGAUAGCAAAAUACAAUCACUUUUUGGCUCCCAGGACCUAGCUCUAAUGGUACCGGCAAUUGCAGGCUUGUGUUUCAUUGGUGGAUUAAUACUGUUCACAGUUUAUAAUGUGAAACCAUAUUUCUCUUAUGACAAAUUAAAGAAAGUUCAUGAAUCAUAGAUUUUAUAUAAAACAACAUCAAUAAAAAUCUCACACAGUAGUUGUCAGUAGGAUAUACCAACACACUUUAUGCAUACCUCUUAUCUUGAAUAAAUAGGCAACAA